CGCCGUCCAUAGUUAUCGGUGGCACCUUUUAUCUACUGUAGAGAUAGCGCUGCCGCCUCUCACUAUCGCACUUUAAACGGUUCGGGCGAAGAUGUGCAUAGGUUUUCCUAGCAAUAAAAGCUGCCUCCACGGACUGUAACAUUUACCUGUAAGAGAGCUACUUUUUUACGAAGACGAACUGUGCGUGAAGAAAGUGCGCGCGUUCUCCCUUAUGAUGGAUCAAAUCACGCAUAUAAUGGACAUAUCCGGAUUUGGGCUUAAGAAUUGGACAUAUUUACAUAAAGAAAUGGCUAUCGUGGAAGUUGCCACUGGGAACUUUAUAAUGACGGAAUUCCUUUUAGAGAAAGAUUGGUGCGAGUUAACCCCCGCCGAGCAGGCGUCGGUACAGAACGAUACAAAGUUCCACGGGAUACCGUUUAGAGAUGUUGGCUUCGAGGAGAUGAAACAAGAGGAUAUUUAUAAAGUCGUCGAAACAUUUUUAGGCAAUCCUAAGAACUGUAUUGUAGCGCAUAAAGGGAACGUCCUAGUGAACCGGGUUUUGAACAAAAUGAAAAUACGUGAAAAAUUUUUGAGCGACUUGUGGUGUCCGACUUAUGAGAUGCUAGCAAUUGAUCCCGUGUGCAGGACGAAUCUGGAAGUGAAUAUGCCGUGUCGACUUCACAGCGAGUGGCAAUCAUCCCGUGGAAGAUUAUAUCGUUGCUCUUUCAACGUAGUGUGCUGGUCUCGAUUAUGGCUCAUAAACAAAUGCAGAAGGUGAUGUGUCAAACGACGUUAAGAUACGUGAAAGUAUUUUUCUCGAUGGUAAUGUUUCUUACUGAAUCGAACGUGCCGAUUAAAGUUUGAUACUGAUCGAGCCGCAAUUCGCAUUAUACGACGAACAUACAGAUUCGUGCGAGUUUUGGCCUCGGUGCAUGAAACAUUUAUUUAAAUCCCUGGCUGCGAGAGGUUAUUAUUUGGGGUCGGGAGACUCUACAAUUGUCGCCGUCCCAUUAAGUUAAAUUUCAAAAUGUAUCGCGUGCUUUAGAAGAAAUAAAUUAAA